AUGAGGUCCAACGCCACAACUGUUGAUCACGGGGUCCAACUCCCCAUACAAACAGAGUUCGUGCUACCCGAACACGGCAUGGGAUUUAACCUUGAGUCACCCGUUUUGACCCAAACUCUGGGCUUCGAGAUAUUAUCCUAUAACUAUGCGAUUGUGGGCUUGAGCCCGUACAGCCCAUAUUGGCGCCAUGUGCGAAAUAUUUCGACCCUGGAGCUGCUUUUCACCCAUCGGAUCAGCCUGCUCAGGCAAGCCUGCGAGUCUGAGGUUCUCGCCUCGGUGAGGGACAUAUAUCAGGAAUAUCGAAGAAAGAACGCCAGUAGCAUCAGUGAUUUGAGGGCUGAACCAGCAUCAUUAUUGCUCGUGGACAUGAAAAGGUGGUUCGGGGACAUCACUAUGAAUAUAAUGUUCAAGAUGAUUGUGGGGAAGCGGUUCCAUGACGAUGGCGAAGGCGACGAGGAGGGGAGGAAGGCCUUGAGGGACUGGGUGGAGCUCAUAGGGAGAUUUGUGGUGUCCGAUGGGCUCCCGUUCCUAAGGUGGCUCAACUUGGGCGGUCAUGAGAAGGCCAUGAAGAAGACUGCCAAGGAGCUCGACCUGGUGGUGCAACGGUGGUUGGACGAGCACAAGGCUAGGAGGAACUUGGAUGGGGAGGCUGGUGCCGUAAAGAGUGAGCAAGACUUCAUGGAUGUUUUGCUAUCUAAUCUCGACGGUAAUGCAGAGAUCAGCAGUUAUGAUUCUGAUACCAUCAACAAAGCUUUGUGCUUGACAAUGAUUUUAGCUGGCACAGACACUACAAUAGUGACCAUGACAUGGGCCACUUCUUUGCUGCUGAACCACAAGGAAGCCCUAAAGAAGGUCCAGCAAGAACUCGAAACUCAAAUCGGGAGGGACAGGCAAGUGAACGAAUCGGACCUCAAGAACUUACCUUACCUCCAUUCCGUCAUCAAGGAAACCUUUAGGUUCUACCCUGCGCUGCCCCUAUCCAUCCCCCACGAGGCCAUCGAGGACUGCAAUAUCUCGGGCUACUGUGUCCCCAAGGGCACCCAACUAAUACUAAACCUAUACAAGAUACAUCGUGACCCGCGUAUGUGGCCUGACCCAUCCGACUUCCAGCCUAAGAGGUUCCUGACCACCCACAAGGAUGUCGAUGUUAGGGGACAAAAUUUUGAGCUCAUACCUUUCGGGAGCGGGAGGAGAAUGUGCCCUGGAGUCUCACUAGCCCUCCAAGUUAUUAGCCUCGCGCUCACUUCCUUCCUUCAUGCUUUCAUUGUUCAGACGCCGGGGGACCAGGCAGUUGACAUGGAGGAAGCUGUGGGGCUGACCAAUCUCAAGUCCACCCCUCUCGAAGUUCUCAUUUCUCCUCGGGUUCCCGAACACGUGUAUUGUAAGUAG